AUGUUUAUAAGUUUAAAGAUUGUUUUUUCAGUUCAUCUAUUAAUUUCACAAUCUCGGAAUUUUAUUGAGUUUAAUCUUGGAAUCUUAUUUUUAAUAAUGUUAUUUCUCUGUUAUAAUAAACAUUCUGUUGAAAUUUAUACAACUGAUUCUAAUUUAUAUUCUAGCUUUAAAAAGGAACAUAAUGCUCUUUCUUUGUUAAUUUUGAAUAAUUUUAGUUUUUUAUAUCAUUUUGCUAAGUUGAAAAAUAAUUAA